CACCGCAAAACACGUCUUCCCUGCAGACUGCUGCCAAAAGUGCGGGUCAUCGCUGCACUUCACGCGGCACUGCGAUGCCGACGUUCACAGCGCCGGUGAAUCGGCGAGGCCGCAGGAUCACACGGGAUUAGACAAUGCUGCCGCGGCCCACGCUGUUGUACCCAAGAAACAAGACAAAGCAGGGCACCAUGAGCCCCCUAACAAGAAAAAAGAAAAGCCUCAACAAAAACAAGAGCAGCGGCAUGUCGCACUGUGCACGUCGAAGGAUCAUUGCGAGCACUGCGGCUCAGAUGUGCACUUUUCUCGCCACUGUGCCUCAAAGUGA